UCAUCAGUGUCGGGGUUUGUGCCCACUACAGUGAAGCUGAAGUCUCUGUGGGUUUCUUCUGUAGUUGUGUGAAAACUGUAGGAUGUUCCUGACGCAGUGUGUGAUGGGAUGGGUUGCCUUGCUGGUCCUCAGCAUCUGUCUGCCUGCAUGGAGCAUGGUGAAGGUGACGCAGCCCUACAGAGUGAUGAGCAUCAAUGGUACAGCACAGAUCCAGUGUGUCUUCCAGCAUCGAACAUCCCAACACCCUAAUGAUCAACACCUGCUGAUGCCCAAGGAUGAACCAGAUUUCCGGGUGACACUGCUGAAAGGUCUCCAUGGCAACCAAGAACUCUGUUCAUCCAUCAACUUCAAAGAGCAGAAAGAGACGCCAGAGGAGAUUAAAAGAGUGGUGCAGUGCUCAGCUCAGGCUGGAGAUGGCGCCGUAGAGGUGACGGUGUCUGGACUGAAAGCCACAGACACAGAUAUCUAUCGCUGUGAGAUUCAGGUCUUCUACCCACCACCGUACCUGCGGUUAAUGGGCAACGGCACGCUGAUUCAUGUAGUAGAGAGUGUUACCUGUCCUUCACCGAGCGCCGAGAGGCAGCAGGACGAGAAGCAGGAGGAGGACGAUGCUGAGACGGAAGCACAGGUCAGCGUUCCUGUGGUGGUUCUGGUGAUAGUGAUUAUCUGUGUCCUCAUCAUCAUCGUCUACUUCCAGACUGUUCAGUGUGAACGAGGAAGAAGGGAGCAUGUCAGGAUGCCGACACCUUUUGUGGUUCCUAAGAUGGAUGGUGCAAUAUUUCCACAUGAAAACAAAGUAUAAAUAUAUGCCUUCCUCUUGUAACUGUGUAUAUGUGGUCCUCUUUAAACCAAAGGCAGAUAUAGCAUCAGAGGAAUCUUUGACCGUCUGUAUAAUCUGUACAUAUUAAGUACACAAAUAAUGUUUACGUUAUUGUGAACACACACUGUGUUGAAGCUCAGGCUUUGAUUGUAUUGAGUUGUUGAAAGCACCUGUGUUCAGGUGAGAACAUUUGUACUGCAAGUACUGUGUACAAACUGUUGGUCAGAUUGAAACGGCCCAGUUUAAGUUGCUCAAAAUGAACGCUGUGAACCAUAAAAGCUUUAGAGUUUAUUUGUCUGUGACUUGUUUAUAAUGCUACUAGCAAACAUUUAUGUAUUAAUGUUGGAUAUUUCCAGAGAAUAAAGUUUCUUCA